AUGACAUCAGCGGAAGGAGACAACAUUAUUGAACUUUUUGAUAACUGGUUCAAGCAUUACACAGAAGUAACAAAUCAUUUAGCAGAAAUGGAAGAAAACUUCAAAAGAGCCUCAGUACACAUAGAAACUCUGACAAAAACCAAUGCUAGACUUCAAUCAGAUUGCAGCAUAUUGCAAGAAACAGUUGGCAGCUACCAGCAGCAGCUUCACACUGUUUGUGAUCUUGAAGAUGAAGUUCAAAAUUUGAAACAAAAGAUUGCAGAAAAAGAACAGGAUUUACUUAAUAAAGCUACUGAGAGCACAGCAACCAUAGACAGAAUUAAACAGGCCCAUGAAUAUGAAAUGGAGUCAUCACUUGCCAGUGUGAAAGCAGAAUAUGAUACAAAGAUCACAGAUUUGGAAAGUCAGUUGAAAAUGGAAACCGAAGUUGAACGUUCACUUCAAUCACAACUGGAAGAUUUGAAAAGAGAUAAGGACAAAGAAAUAUCCAGAAUUACAAUGGAGUAUGAGAGCAAGUUAGUCAAGGCUCACAGACAAAAGGCACAGUACAUUCAACAACAGCAACAGAUUCUUAAUCAAGAUGUCAUGAGAAAGAAAAUGCAACACAUGAAAGAAAACUAUGAAGGAGAAAUAGCUGCUCUGAAAUCUCAGAUUCAGGAUUUGAAACACAUGUUAGAAUCAGUGCAUCAAAGAAGACCAGGAAAAGAUAAUGAGGAUAAUGCCUUCGGUGAACAGCCACAACCAAAGCUGCAGCCCCAGAAACUCUACCUACAGGACAGGCAGUCACCUCGACAAAGAGGGCAGUUGAGUCUUCGUGCACAGAGAAAUGUUUCCAAGUAUCGUUCGGGCUCCAGUAUCAAAUUGUAA